AUGCACCAGGCCUCUGGUGCAGUCACCCUAGGAGCGGCCACAGUCGUGAGCCGGGCGGAGCUUCCCCUAACGCGGACAAGGCCAAAGCAAGAUCCCAAAGAUCCUAUAGCGAGCUCCCAGGAAGCGCGGAGUGAAAGCUUGCAGGGAAGGCUUGCACUCGGCACGGGCAAACCCACAGUAAUGGCAGGAUUGGACACUGUGGCACAGUGCGACGUACCUGUUACUCUUCUUGAGAAUAGGAUCAAAGCUGCUAAGGAUCCAGAGGAGAAGGAAAAGCUGCAGAAAGACCUGGAGCAUCUCCUUGAGGUGAGGGAGCUAAUCCGACAGACAGUGCGAGAGAUUGUUACUCUGGCCACGGACUCCGAGGAACAGGCUGAGCGAGUGCUCGGCCCCAAGAAGCGCCUCACGGAGCGGGAAAACUACCGCUCUGCGGUGGAGUAUUUCCAAAUGCGGUGCUUUGACUGGCACAAUCCAGAGCAUGAAUAUGCUCUUCACCAGUUGAGUCCCUUCAUCAAUUUAUGUGUGGAGAAGAUCCCACUGACACGGAUCAAGGAUGCGAUUGACCAAGUCAGUGAAAAGCUGAAGAAAUGAAGAGCUGGCUCUCCUCAUCUUUAACACAGCAGAGGGAAGGACCAUCAAGGACCUGUCCCUCCCUCGGCCCGUGUGCUUUCAAACUGGAAUUGUAAUUUUUUUAGAGUUUUUCUCUCUCUCUCUCUGCUGGUCAGAUCAUCUUGCUUGCAAUAACUGGGAGGAGGUUUCUGCUGAAAAGCAAAUCAUGGGAGAAAAGCAAAUUAUAGACAGCUUUUAUACUUUAAAUAAUCAAAUGAUUACACAAUGAUACCAUUAGUUGAAUGCUACCUCAGAUGGUAGAAAUAUUUCUGUGCCAUUAAUAUUUGUAAUGUUGAAAAUUCCUUCUCAAUAGGUAUGGGGUCAGAUUAGUUAAAUAUACUUGAUUAUUGCAAAUCAAUUUAUUUUUUAUUUUUUCCAAAUCUUUAUUUUAAAGAUUUAAACAGCUUCUGAGUGGCCUACCUUGAUUUCUCUCACCAUUCACAUCUGCACUGUGAGGCAAUUUAAUCAGAAGUUGACAAUCGGGCUUCACUAAAUCUCCUUUAGGCAAUGGCGAGGCUUAAUUUUGCAGUGAUUUUAGUCAUUUCUUACCAGCAGGGCAGGCGGUUAGUUCUACGGUGGCUGAGUCUUGAGAACAAGACCCAGACUGAUUCAUAAGGGCAUUUCUGAGAGAGUGCAGUAUUUGUGUGCAUGCCGACUUCUGGGUGAGAUUUAUACCAAAGCCAUCCAAUCUUUUUCAGGAUGUAAUGUAAAAGACCCUAUCCAAAUAUUUGUGGAGAUGAAAGUAGACAUAAAUGCUGGAGAAACUCAGUGGGUGAGGCAGCAUCUAUGGAGCGGAGGAAAUAGGCAACGUUUCGGGUCAAAACCCUUCUUCAGAAGUGAAGAUUAAUGUGGAUUCCCGGCCAGCGUUUACUGCUAAACGAGACCUUUUGGCCUGUCCUUUGUUUAAUAUCAUUCUGUGUACAAACAUUCCCAAUGGUAACUACAUUUCAAUUGGCUGGGAAGGCUUCAAGAACAGUGCUUGAGAAAUGAAUGGUGUCAAAUAAAUUUGAAUCUUUUUUUUAAAU